AUGUCCUUGAACAUCCUCGUUGUUGGCAACGGCGGCAGAGAGCACGCCAUCACCUGGAGAUUGGCUCAGUCUUCCUUGGUGAACAAAAUCUUCGUUGCGCCAGGAAACGGUGGAACUUCCACCCUUGGUGACAAAGUGGUGAAUGUUCCUCACUUGUCAAGCUCAGCCAAAGAUUUUUCCAAGUUGCAGCAGUUUGCGCUUGAGAAUGAAGUUGGCUUAGUUGUUCCAGGUCCAGAACAGCCUUUGGUGGACGGGAUUUCUACUGUCUUCACCAAAGUGGGCAUCCCAGUUUUCGGUCCUAGUGCCAAGGCUGCCCAAAUGGAAGGUUCCAAGGCCUUUUCUAAAGUUUUUAUGGACAAGCACAAUAUCCCUACAGCACGCUUCCAGAAUUUCACCAGCGUGGAAGAAGCAAGAAAGCACAUUGAGACUGUCGACUACAGAAUUGUAUUGAAAGCUGAUGGCAUCGCUGCAGGCAAAGGUGUUUUGAUCCCACAGUCCAAAGAAGAAGCUUUGCAAGGCUUGGACGAGAUCAUGGUGGCCAAGAACUUUGGUUCAGCCGGUGACGAAAUUGUCAUUGAAGAGUUUUUGGAAGGUGACGAAUUGUCUAUUUUGACCAUCACCGAUGGCUACAGUUUCUUCAACUUGCCUGCGGCACAGGACCACAAACGUAUUGGAGAUGGUGACCUGGGAUUGAACACUGGAGGCAUGGGUGCCUAUGCCCCAGCCCCAAUUGCUACCCCAGCAGUAUUGGCCAAGAUCAAUGACCAAGUUAUCCGCCCAACCAUCGACGGAAUGAGAAAGGACGGCUUCCCAAUGUGCGGUGUCUUGUUCACUGGUAUUAUGUUGACACCUUCAGGUGAGCCUAAAGUGUUGGAGUACAACGUGCGUUUUGGCGACCCAGAAACUCAAACUGUUUUGCCAUUGUUGAGCGAAGAAACUGACUUGGCUGCUGUCUUUUUGGCUGCUGCAGAACACAGAUUGGACUCCGUCGACAUUGCUACCAAACCAGACACUUUCUCUACCACUGUGGUGAUGGCUGCUGGCGGGUACCCAGAGGCAUACGAAAAGGGUGACGAGAUCACAAUCACCGCUCCUCCAGCAGACACGUAUAUUUUCCACGCUGGAACUGCCGAAAAGGAGGGCAAAGUAGUCACUUCUGGUGGACGUGUUAUUGCCGCUACAGCCACAGCACCUACAUUGAGAGAGUCUGUCGAUAAGGCCUAUGUGGGAGUCGACCACGUGUCAUUCAAGAACAAAUACAACCGUAAGGACAUUGCACACCGUGCAUUCCGUGCUGCCGAAAAGCCAUCGGGAACCACUUAUGCUGAGGCUGGUGUUUCCGUGGACAACGGUAACUUGCUUGUGGAGCAGAUUAAAGCUAAGGUCAAGUCCACGCGCCGUGCCGGAGCGGACUCCGAUAUUGGUGGUUUCGGCGGUUUGUUCGACCUCAAGGCAGCAGGUUUUGCUGGCGAGGACACACUUUUAGUCGCUGCUACAGACGGAGUGGGUACCAAAUUGCGUAUUGCUCAGAUCAUGGACAUUCACGACACGGUUGGCAUUGACCUCGUGGCCAUGAACGUCAAUGACUUGGUGGUGCAAGGUGCCGAGCCAUUGAUCUUCCUUGACUACUUUGCUACAGGAAAGCUUGACGUUAACAUUGCUGCCAAGUUUGUCAGUGGUGUUGCAGAUGGAUGUAUCACGGCCGGAUGUGCUUUGGUUGGCGGAGAAACCAGUGAAAUGCCAGGUAUGUACGACGCUGGCCACUAUGACACCAACGGAACGGCUGUUGGUGCCGUUUCCAAGAGCGGCAUUUUGCCCAAGAUUGAAGAGAUGCGUGCCGGCAACGUCUUGGUUGGUUUGCGCUCCGAUGGUGUGCACUCGAACGGUUUCUCUUUGGUGAGACAUAUCGUUGACAAAUGCGGUCUUGACUACAGUGCCCCAGCCCCUUGGACAGACUCCGGGCGCUCCAUUGGUGAAGAGCUUUUGGUGCCUACCAAGAUCUACGUGAAGCAAUUGUUGCCAGCUAUCCGUAGGGGUUUAUUGCUCGGAAUGGCCCACAUCACCGGUGGUGGUUUGGUGGAGAAUAUUCCACGUGCUUUGCCUAAGCACUUGCAAGCACAGGUGGACAUGAGUACAUGGGAAGUGCCUGCCAUUUUCAAGUGGUUUGGUAAGCAAGGUGGUGUGCCCUAUGAAGAUUUGUUGAAGACUUUCAACAACGGUAUUGGUAUGGUUGUGAUCAUUGCACCAGAAAAUGUUGACGAAGCCCUCGCUGAGUUCCGUAAGGCUGGCGAAGACCCAGUGGUGCUUGGCAAGUUGGCAGAACGCGCUGAAGGCGAGCCGGGCUGCGUUGUGCACAACAUUGGCGAUCUUUACUAA